AUGGCUGCCAGAAUGACCGAGGGCGGAAACAUCCCUGGGACGGGGUAUCACGAUCGCAACGCCACUAGUUCCGAUGAAUGGAACCUGCAGAAUGUGUUACCAAACACCGGCAAACCGUGGUACAAACAACGUCACCUGGUGCUUCUCAAUCUGGGAAUGAUCAUUCCUUACUUGUCGUCGACAACCAACGGAUAUGAUGGAUCGAUGCUCAAUGGACUGCAAUCUAUGAGUCAAUGGCAGCAUUUCUUCGGCUCGCCGACGGGAACCAGACUUGGCUCCCUCUCAAACGGAGUUAUCUUCGGCCAGAUACUGGCCUUUCCUAUUGCACCAUGGCUAUGUGAUCACACUGGUCGUCGAUUUCCCAUCUUUCUGGGAUCUUCACUUCUUGUCGUCGGUGCAGUUUUGCAAUGCGCUGCACAGAACUAUGCUAUGUUCCUGAUCUCCCGCAUGGUCAUUGGCUUUGGGGGUCUAAUUGCUGUGGAGGCAUCACCCAUGCUAGUCAGCGAACUGGCAUACCCACUUCAUCGCCCAGUUUUGGUGGGAUACUACAACAAUCUUUGGUACUUGGGAGCACUGCUCGCGGCUUGGGUGACUUAUGCGACCUAUUUCAUGGGUCUGCAUACAUCAUGGGCAUGGCGGAUUCCAUCACUACUUCAAGGGUUCUUUCCUCUUGUCCAAGUUCUUUUUGUCUAUCUGCUUCCCGAGUCACCGCGAUAUCUUGUACAACAGGAUCGCCACGAGGAAGCUCGAGAAGUGCUGACCAAGUAUCAUGCGGGCGGCGAUGAGCACUCACCUCUGGUUGAUUUCGAGAUGCAAGAAAUCAUUCUACAAAUCCAGACUGCCAAGGCUGCAUCCAAGACUGGCUAUCGCGAGUUCCUGAGUACAGGGGGAAACAUGCAUCGUCUAUUUAUCAUCGUUGCGGUUCCUUGUAUGAUGCAGCUUUCGGGCAACGGCCUGAUCUCAUACUACUUACACCUCAUUCUGAACUCCAUCGGCUUCACGUCCGAUCCCCAGCAGUUGCGCAUCAACGGAGGCCUCAUGGUAUUCAAUCUUGUUGUUUCAGUCAUUCUGGCAUCACUGAUGGAAUUGGCCGGGAGGCGACGCCUCUUCCUGUCUUCGACCAUCGGCAUGCUGAUUUGCUAUGUUAUUUGGACUGUGCUGUCUGCUGUCAACGAACAGCGGCACUUCAAGGAUCGUUCACUUGGCACUGGUGUGGUUGUGAUGAUCUUUAUCUAUCAGAUAUGCUACAAUGCUGGUCUCAACGGACCACCCUGGGUGUAUGUUACUGAAGUGCUCCCAACCCACCUCCGAGCCAAGGGGACCAACAUCAUGCAAAUCGCCUCCACAUGCGUGCUGAUCUUCAACGGGUAUGCGAACCCAGUGGCCAUGGAUGCCAUAGGCUGGAGAUACUAUGUUGUCUAUUGCUGUGUAUUGGCUAUCGAGAUUGGUAUUGUCUAUUUUGGAUUUCCCGAGACAAAGGGCCACAGCUUGGAGGAAGUGGCAUUACUAUUUGACGGGGACGAAGCGUUUGGUGAUCGAUUGACGAAGAGCUUGGUUUGA